CGUCGGUCGCCCGCGAAAUCUGAUCCGAGAUGUGGAGGUCCAAUCGAAAGGUGGGCCCAAAUCCCGCGAGAGUAAGUGGCGCGUACGGUAGCAACCGAUCGGGCUAAGGACCACGGUGCUUUCAACUUUGGUGUACCCCUGUUAGCUCUGCCUUCCGGGGAGUCGUCUGCCCCCUCCCGGAAGAAGAAGGAAGGCACAGGUGGCUUUAUCCAGCCUGCUUCCCGGAUCCUUGAAAACUUUGAAGCUGUCUUGGUCGUUCAGCAGGCCAGGCAGCUGGUAGCCAGUGGGAAGAGGGUUGCCUGACAGAGGCCAGUGUCUGCCGCGCUUCCUCUACAGGAUGAAGACGCCGGAGGCGCCACCGUUGGCUCCGGACUGCCUGUCUUCAGACCAGGCCCCUGCUCCAGCCCGUCUCUCUUCUCAGGCUUCCCCGAUGGAUAAAAAUACGGACCCUGAACUAAUGCCACCAUCAUCCGAUGGGGAUGAUCCGCCCCUCAGGUCCCCAGAUCCCGUGUCUGGCCCAGCUGUGUCCCAGGAGCUGGAGGAGGGGGACCCAGCUUCUCUCUCCACUUCCCUGGAGACAGGAUUUGGCACUCCUAGUAAGUUGAGCCCUCGAAUCGAGGAGCAAGAACUUUCUGAAAAUAUGAGCCUUCCUGCAGAAGAAACGCACAGGCCAGAGUUGGGGUCUGGAGAAGCCAUGGAAUGUGUAUCUGAGGAACCCGCUGCUGAGAAUGAAGAAUACAUUACUUGGAACUACAGCUUCUCCCAGCUACCUCAGUUUUUCAGUGGUUCCUGGUCAGAGUUCAGAACCCAGCCUGAGAACUUCUUGAAAGGCUGUAAGUGGGCUCCUGAUGGUUCCUGCAUCUUGACUAAUAGUGCUGAUAACAUCCUGAGGAUUUAUAACUUGCCCUCAGAGCUGUAUAAUGAGGGGGAGCAGCUGGAAUAUGCAGAAAUGGCCCCUGUCCUGCGGAUGGUGGAAGGUGACACCAUCUAUGAUUACUGCUGGUAUUCUCUGAUGUCUUCAGCCCAGCCAGACACCUCCUAUGUGGCCAGCAGUAGCCGGGAGAACCCCAUUCACAUCUGGGAUGCAUUCACUGGAGAGCUCCGGGCUUCCUUUCGCGCCUACAACCACCUGGAUGAGCUGACAGCAGCCCACUCGCUCUGUUUCUCCCUGGAUGGCUCCCAGCUCUUCUGUGGGUUCAACCGGACUGUGCGUGUCUUCUCCACGGCCCGGCCUGGCCGUGACUGUGAGGUCCGAGCCACGUUUGCAAAAAAGCAGGGCCAGAGCGGCAUCAUCUCCUGCAUAGCCUUCAGCCCAGCUCAGCCCCUCUAUGCUUGUGGCUCCUACAGCCGCUCCCUGGGUCUGUAUGCCUGCGAUGACGGCUCCCCUCUCGCCUUGCUGGGAGGGCACCAAGGGGGCAUCACCCACCUCCGCUUUCACCCAGAUGGCAACCGCUUCUUCUCAGGAGCCCGCAAGGAGAAUGAGCUUCUGUGCUGGGAUCUCCGGCAGCCUGGUCAUCCACUGUGGUCCCUGAGUCGUGAGGUGACUACCAAUCAGCGCAUCUACUUUGAUCUGGACCCGACUGGGCAGUUCCUAGUAAGUGGCAGCACGAGCGGGGCUGUCUCUGUGUGGGAUAUCAGCGUGGCUGGGCAUGAAGGGAAGCCGGAACCUGUGCUGAGUUUUCUACCCCAGAAGGACUGCACCAACGGAGUGAGCCUGCAUCCUAGCCUGCCUCUGCUGGCCACUGCUUCGGGUCAGCGUGUGUUUCCGGAGCCCACGGAGAGUGGGGACGAGGGGGAGCAGGAGGUGGACAUUCCCCUGCUCUCCAUGCGCCACAUCCACCUUGAAUGUCAGCUUCAGCUCUGGUGGUGUGGGGGGAGCCCAGACACCAGUAUUCCUGAUGGUCACCAGGGUGAGAAGGGACAGGGAGGGACAGAUGGGGGGGGGGUGAGUUUAUAUAAAAAAGCCCGCUGCCCUCAAUCCCGGCGAGGCUGGGGCUCCGACUCGUCGUCCCCUUCCUCGCUCCCUUGUCCGGCGCCACAUGCCAUCCCCUCCGGGUCCCAGACUCCCCCAGUCCCCGACUUAGGCCCGCUCACCAAUCCCGGGGUGCUGGAGCCAGGGCCGAGGCGUAGGGCGCCCGCAGACCGCCCCUGGAAGGGCUCUUGCGGGCUGAGCGCCCCAGAGCUGGGCGCGCGGGCACAGCAAGAAGCGGGUCCGCGUGGGAGCGGGGGGCAUCAGCCACCCGGGAGGUCGGGGCAGAAUAGCCGGGGCAGCUAA